CAUUUGAGCGAAAGAAAAAGAGUUCAAAAAACCACGUGGAGCCAGCUCUAAUUUAACCGCUCUGAUUCAGCCGACGGGACUGCGCAGCGCUCUCCACUGACACUCCUUUAUCUUUCUCUCGCUGGUCGAGCAUAGCUUUUACGUUUUCUUUUCCUCACCCUAAAUCAAAUCUCCUUGUACCCUCAUCAUGGUCUAUCUAAUACCACUGUUAUCUCUCGUCGCCACUGUUCAUGCUGCCGCAACGCCUAGGGCCUCCACUCGGGCUUCCCGGGACUCGGUUGAGCUCCUUCGUCGAAUACCCGCGGCCAAGUCGUACGACGAAGUAGGUGCAUGGGCACGACAGAACAAGCUGUCGGUAGAGGCCAAGUAUGGCAUGCGAACGAUGAAUGAGAAACGUAGUACCGGAACGAAUUUGCUGGUCAAUCAAGGUCUAGACUCAAGUUUCUAUGGGUCUCUCGCUGUUGGAACGCCAGCUGUAUCAUAUAAUGUCGUUUUAGAUACAGGUUCAGCUGACAUGUGGUUAGCCGAUUCAUCGUCGUGUGGCACAUCACGUUGUGGAGGAAUCCCCACAUUUGCUACAUCGGAGUCCUCGUCCGUGAAGGAUACCAAGACUCCAUUCAGCAUUGUCUACGGCAGUGGCUUCGCUUCUGGACGACUAGUCUCCGACACCGUCCAAAUGGCUGGAUUCUCCGUUUCUAAUCAAGUCUUUGGUCUCUGUAACAAUGUAUCUCAGGAUCUGCUUAGUUACCCGGUUUCGGGGUUACUGGGUCUUGCGUUCCAGACGAUUGCUGCGUCUGAGGCAACUCCGUUUUGGGAAGCUUUGGUCAAGGAUGGAACAUGGGAUUCCCCUUUGAUGGCAUUCCAACUUACAAGAUAUGCCAAUAUGACUAGAGGCAAGUCGCUGGAGCCCGGUGGCUCGUUCACGAUGGGUUUCGUAAAUUCAAGUCUGUACACUGGCGACAUUGAUUAUAACAACAUUCCCUCUGGACAAGGCACCUACUGGGUACAAGAGAUGACAUCCCUUACCGUUCAGGGGAAUUCGAUAUCCCUACCCUCUGGGUCCCAAUCUUAUGCAGCCAUCGACACGGGCACCACUCUUAUAGGCGGCCCUCCAUCCGCCAUUGCUUCAAUUUACGCCCAGAUCGAAGGUUCACGAGUAGGUACAGGAGAUUAUGAGGGAUACUAUCUUUAUCCGUGUAAAACUAUCGUUGAUGUAACAGUCGCUUUUGGCGGUAGGAGCUGGCCCAUCAGCAACGCCGAUUUCCAAGUCGACCAAGCAUCCAGCACGCUAUGUGUCGGAGCGUUCUUCGCUAUAUCGGGUGGAGGUAGUGCCCCUGCUUGGAUCGUUGGUGAUACUUUCUUGAAAAACGUAUACUCUGUUUACCGAUACAACCCGCCAUCAGUGGGAUUCGCUCAAUUGUCGGCUUAUUCUCUGUCGUUGAAUGGUGCUAACGAUCCGAUCCCUACGCCUACGAUAGGAUCCGUUGCAGCUACUGUAUCAGCUACGAGUCUCGUCAAAGGGAAGAAUGCAGCGGUAUCCUCACACAUACGUGCUGAGUCGACGUUGACAGUGGUGAUCUCGAUAACAACUAUUGCUCUGUUCUUGCUGUAGAUUCUUCAUGUUUGCUCUCGUUUUGUUUUGGUUUUUUUUUCUGCGUUCCACGCUACUGGAUCACUAUUCCCGAAGUAAUCGAAUAGAUGUAUAUUUAGCAAUUAUCUCUCUGUUGUGCAUCGUACCAAGUAUUUAUUCAUGGACUGAUUUACGAACUUGAUACAUCUCUUG